AUGGGCUGCCUCGACCGGAUUUAUACCACGGCCUCACAGAAAACCGACGUGAAACAACAACACAACACUUGCGUUGUGUUUCGUCGAAUCCUCUUCAUCAGCGGGCUGGCGUGUGUGAUAGGUCUACAAAGGACGUUUUUCUUCUUCUUCCAAAGACAUAAAAUCAAGGCAUCCGUAGCAUUCUUCGGAGGCAUCACCAUUGUAUUAAUGGGAUGGCCUAUGAUCGGCAUGAUCGCUGAGAUCUACGGAUUCUUAUUGUUAUUCAGCUGUGAAUUUCCUAAGGAUGGUGCCAGUCCUAGGAUCUCUGCUUAA